GUGAUAGUGGAGUUCGGGCUUCGCCACUACCACGUCCUAGCACUCGCCCCCAUGGAAGGAGAAGGCAAACGAUUGAACGGAGACUCAGCUAUAUCUUCUACAUCCACUAUGGACGCAACUGAUGCUGCCAAAGCGGCAAAGCACUCUGCCUUCCUUGACUGGUUCACUUCUUCCGGUGGUAUGAUCGGUGUCGACUCUGCUGACGGCAAGCCGCUUUGGACGCUACACGACUACCGCAAAGAUGGCAUGGGCACCGGAUUGAGGGCACUAGCCGCCAUGCCAGAAAACACGCUUCUCUUCAGCCUGCCUCGCUCCAUGUUGCUCAACACCCGGAAUUGCCCACUACCCUCCCUGGUGCGGCAAGCGGAGCUCGAUGAAGGCGACGCGGGAAAGGCAGGCGUGCCAAAGUGGGACCAGCUAGAAAGCAAAUGGGCCAGUCUGAUCAUUUGCAUGCUGUGGGAGCGAAGACGUUCCCUUGAAGGCAGAAGUAGCAGCACCGAGGGGCAGACAUGGGGUCCGUAUUUGGACGUACUUCCUGUGCAGUUUGCGACGCCGAUGUUCUGGCCUGCGCAGGACCUGCGCCUUCUCAAGGGUACCUCAAUAGAGAAUAAGAUCGGACAGGAAGAGGCAGAAGCCGAGUACAGUUCGUUGAUCCUGCCGCUUGUCAACGGCAGACCUGAGCUUUUCCUGCCGAAUGCAACCUCUAUAGAGUCCGGCCUUGCGCAAUUUUACUCGCUUGAAUUAUUCCACAUCAUGGGUAGCAGGAUCCUCAGCCGGAGCUUCCACGUAGAGCCGUGGAGAGAGGAACACGCGAAAGGAGAUGAUCUGAAUGCUAUGGAGACGGACGACGACGAGGAGGAAUACAAGGAGGGGGACGAAGCGGAGGAAGAAGACAAACUGGAAGCCGUCGAGGACAUUUCCAUGGUAGCCAUGGCGGACAUGCUCAAUGCGCGUCCGGGCGAUUAUCACAAUGCAAAACUGUUUUAUCGCCCGACUCAUCUGGAGAUGCGGACGACUCGGGGAGUAAAGCAAGGGGAGCAACUAUACAACACCUAUGCAGACCCGCCGAAUAGCGAUUUGCUCCGACGGUACGGCCACGUUGACACCAACGCUGCUCCCGACGACACAGAUGGCACAGACGAGCUGGACAAUCCGAACGACAAUGUUGAGCUACAUUGGGACCUUGUAGCAGAAGCUGCCAUGCGGUUGAAGGUAGACGCUUUACAGGGCAACGCUCCCGAUGCCUCAUUACUGACACGUCUCAAGUCGCGCAUCAACCGCUACGAGUCCGAGGGGCUGAUGCCAGACGAGUGCAUGGUUUUGUCGUAUAUCCCACCACUUUCGGCAGCGUUCUCGGACAGGGAGAGCAUGCUCGCCUUUCUCGAUGACGAGGAUGGAGAGUAUGGCAUGGCUGAAUUCUGCACCGCAUGCCGGCUCAUGUGGGUGGACGACACGACGUACGAGAAGUACGAGGCACGUGGGGAGGAGAUGGAGGCGGAGUGGAAGACGAUCUUGAAGGACAAGUCAUCGCGAACUACCGGGGGCACACAGGGAGGGGUAUCGGAAGGCCAAGCGAAUGCCGACACGGCCGCGAGCGAGGCAACACUCCGGAUUCUCUGUGCGCGUCUCGCGCUGGAAGCCGUAACCCUCCGCCUUGCGCAGUAUGAGACGACGCUGGAGCAAGACGAGGACGCCUACCGGUCCUUGCCUCACUCGUUGCCGCACAAUGACGAGGACUUCGAACCCGCCAAGGCUGCAGAGCGAUCUGCACUGCUCAAUCGACGAAAUGCUCUCGUCGUGCGGGUCGGCGAGAAGCGGAUCCUCUCGCGCUUGCAAGUAAUUUUGCAGGCGGCUGUGGACAAGUACAACGAGAACACUGGCGGCGACGGCGGUGCUGAUGCCUCCGGCGCUAGCAGCGGGGGGCAAAAGCGAAGAGCUGAACAGGAUGGAGAUGGGAAAGUGAUCAAGAAAGGGAAGAUCUGAGCGCACAACCCCCGGGAUACCGUCCUUGUAGACUCGCAUCCUAUAUGACAAU